ACUUCCUGUCCAGAUCGGAGGUCGCCCGGGCGACUCGGCGGUUUCUUGUGACCCUGGUUAUCCGAGCAACCGUGGAUCAUUCGAGGGGUCGGCUGAAAUCGUUUUCUGUUCGGUUGAAUUAGGAGGAGAGAGAUGGAUGCAUCGACUCGAGGGGCCAAUAAUGCGGAUAUGUAUUUGCCGAAUUAUAAGCUUGGGAAGACUCUGGGCAUUGGUUCGUUUGGUAAGGUGAAGAUAGCGGAACAUGUGUUGACUGGGCACAAGGUCGCCAUUAAGAUCCUCAACCGGCGCAAGAUAAAGAACAUGGAGAUGGAAGAGAAAGUGAGGAGAGAAAUAAAAAUUCUGAGACUCUUUAUGCAUCCACACAUCAUCCGACUCUAUGAAGUCAUUGAGACGCCUUCGGAUAUUUAUGUCGUGAUGGAGUACGUGAAGUCUGGAGAGCUGUUUGAUUACAUUGUUGAGAAGGGCAGGUUGCAGGAAAAUGAAGCUCGUAACUUUUUUCAGCAGAUUAUUUCUGGUGUGGAAUACUGCCACAGGAAUAUGGUCGUUCAUAGAGAUCUAAAGCCUGAAAACUUGCUGUUGGAUUCUAAAUGGAACGUGAAGAUCGCAGAUUUUGGUCUGAGCAAUAUAAUGCGUGACGGGCAUUUCUUGAAGACAAGUUGUGGGAGCCCCAACUAUGCCGCCCCAGAGGUUAUUUCUGGUAAACUUUAUGCUGGGCCUGAAGUAGAUGUAUGGAGCUGUGGAGUUAUAUUAUAUGCUCUUCUUUGUGGCACCCUCCCUUUCGAUGAUGAAAACAUACCGAACCUUUUCAAGAAAAUUAAGGGUGGGAUGUACACUCUUCCAAGUCAUUUAUCGGCCGGUUCAAAGGACUUGAUCCCAAGGAUGCUCAUAGUUAAUCCGAUGAAACGAAUUACCAUUCCAGAGAUCCGUCAGCAUCCUUGGUUUCAAGCUCAUCUUCCACGUUACUUGGCCGUGCCUCCACCUGAUACUAUGCAGCAAGCGAAAAAGAUUGAUGAGGAAAUACUCCAGGAAGUGGUUGAGAGGGGGUUUGACCGCAAUCAACUUGUUGAAUCACUUCGCAACCGAAUUCAGAAUGAGGGUACCGUUGCAUACUACUUGUUAUUGGAUAACCGUUUCCGACCUUCCAAUGGCUACCUCGGAGAUGAGUUUCAAGAAACAAUGGAGUGCAACUUUAAUCGUGGAAAUCCAGGUGAGCUCUCCGUUUCAACGGUGGGGCCUCGCUACCAUGCGUUUCCUGGAUAUGUGGAUUACCAGGGAGUGAAUUCAAAACCUGCAUAUUACAGUGCUGAGAAGAAAUGGGCUCUUGGUCUCCAGUCUCGAGCCCAUCCUCGGGAAAUAAUGACUGAAGUUCUUAAGGCACUGCGAGAACUAAAUGUGUGCUGGAAGAAGAUUGGGCACUAUAACAUGAAGUGCUUGUGGAAUCCUUGUGUUCCAAGUACUGAAGGCAUGGUUGGCAAUCCUGUCCAGAGUAAUUAUUUUGGUGAUGAAUCUACAAUAAUUGAGAAUGACGGUGCAACCAAGUCCAGAAAUGUGGUCAAGUUUGAGGUGCAGCUUUAUAAAACGACAGAGGAGAAAUAUCUACUCGAUUUGCAGAGGGUCCAGGGACCCCAGUUUCUGUUUUUGGACCUCUGUGCUGCUUUUCUUGCCCAACUCCGGGUCCUUUAGGAAGAGAAGGGUGGAAGUGUCCACGACAAGUCCUGCCGAUAAAACUUGUGAAUAACCAUUGGAGGUGUGUAUAUAUAGCUUUGCCCCUGAGCUUCCCAACUCGUGGGAUGUGUAGUUGACCAAUGUCUCUGCACAACUGAGGUGGAUAUUUACUAAUUAUGUCGAAAGAAUCGACCAUCCCUAAGACUGGUAACAUCGUCAUGCAAGCGGCGUUUAGACUAUUCCCGGGAGUUCUAUUAUAUGUAGUUUCUUCUUUCCCUUCUGCUAAGAUGAAAAGUAUUUAGUUCAAUCGUCUUCUUUAGUCAAA